GGUUGGCAGUUAGGUGAGGCAGGCCAUGAGGCCUCAGGCGCUUCUGCUGCCAACCGUGAGCGAGCUGUCGGCACGCGGGCGGCCUGGCGCUGCGCUCCGACUGUAGCUUGUCAGUGUGUUAUGAUGCCGUCUCGUACCAACCUGGCUACUGGAAUCCCCAGUAGCAAAGUGAAAUACUCAAGGCUCUCCAGCACAGACGAUGGCUACAUUGACCUUCAGGGAGAAACUAACUGCUAAAGCCAACAGAUUGUGGGAAUCUUCCUUCUUUCCUGAUGUCAUGAGAUCCAAUUUAUUAAAGGUAUUCUUUUGGCAAACAUUUAAGAAGAGUCCUCCUAAGAUCCCAUAUAAGGCCAUCGCGCUUGCGACAGUGCUGUUUUUGAUUGGGGCCUUUCUCAUAAUCAUAGGCUCCCUCCUGCUGGCUGGCUAUAUCAGCAAAGGGGGGGCAGACCGGGCCGUUCCCGUCCUGAUCAUUGGCAUCCUGGUGUUCCUGCCAGGAUUUUACCACCUGCGCAUCGCCUACUAUGCAUCCAAAGGCUACCGGGGUUACUCCUACGAUGACAUUCCAGAUUUUGAUGACUAGCUAACCCACCCUCAACCCUGAGAAGAGUCACAGAUGGGACUGAGACCAGCUUUAAGAUACUGAGCGGAAACUGGCAAAGGGCUAAGGCAUUCUGCAGUUUGCAGAUGUUAAACAAAAGAAUGGCCAGAUUUUACGGGUCCAUCCUCAAGAUGUCAACUGAGCUUGCAAUGACAAAUUAACUAAUUAGGACAUGCUCUACUUUUCAUCUCCUGGCUCUGGCAAAAGCUGUUAAGUUUUUCCACACGAAUAUGUAUCUUGGAAGAGUAGCAAUGUUAAUGAUGUGGGAAAGUAGGAGGUUCUUGUGUAGUGCAGAAUGUUACUGCUGCCACCCUUGUUAGAGUUCAGCAUUUCUUUUAAAUAGUCCUCAUUGUCAGUUCUGGUAGCAAAUGGAAGAAUUUAAUAUGUCAAAUUUCAUGUUACUAGUAAUUUAUUUUGAAAACAUCUAAGUAGCUUACCCCUACACUCAUCUCUCACUUUGUGUUCUAGUGGAAGACCUUGGCAAAUCAAAUGUCAAUGUAGGUGCAUCUGUAAUAUUUUUUACUUGCUUUCUUAUUAACAGCAGCCAGGACUUUUUUAAGUCUCAGAGCAAGUUCCUAGAAGGUAAACACCCCUCUGUUCACUAGUCCUUGGUCAGCCACCAGUAAGCUGGCCAGCAUAAAAUAUGGGUUAUUCUGUUCUUUGUAGAUCAAGAUGUUCUGUAUAUCAUGCCUUUAAGGACUGGAUUUUGGCUGUUUCCUAAGGAAAAAAAUGUAGAUAAGUGGUUGUUAUUUAGAGAUUAUAAACUUGUUGUUAGCAUCUUGCAUUAUGAUGUCAUUCUGCUGAAGAUUGCAAGACUCAGCCUGGAUUCCUAGAUGGACUAGACUGCCGUGGUUUGAUUCUGGUUCCUAGCUUGCACAAAGUGACAUAUUCAAAAGAAAUUAAAAUGUCAAAAUCUAAACCUAGACUUAUAGUGAGUUAAUUUCAAGUAUAUUUCAGAAAACAUGUUAGUGAUUAUAUGAUAUCUUUGAUCCCAGUACCCAGGACCACCUUCUUUUUUAGAGAAUGGGCCUUGUGGGUCAGACUGCUUUUCAGUCAUCCUCUUACUUUGAGCUUAUGGACAUGGGCAACUAGAAGCCUGGAAGGGCCAUCAGCUGAGAUUUGGAGGGCUGUGGGUAGAAAAAGUUUAUUGGGGGAGGUGAGUUCAUUUUUGGAUGUGGUAAAUUAUAGAUGCAUACUCUACAUCCACAUGAAACUGUUUAGUAGGCAAUUGCAAACCGUGGAUCUGGAGUUCAGGAGAUAAUUUAGGCCAGGGAUAGAAAUUAGGGAGUCAUUGUUGGGACAAUAUCUAAAAGCUGGAUGAUACUACCCACAGAGUGAGUGCAUAUGGGGAAAAAACCAGCACUCGAGGAAUGAGGGACAGAGGGGUGUGAUGUGAAGCAACCUCUGAAGUUAGGUGCAUUUGGUAAUGGGAGAGGAGUGGAGUCCCUAUGUGGAGAUGACAGGCACCAGGCAAGAAUUGUCACUACCAGGGGCUGGAACUGAGACAGAUCUCUGGAUAUAGCUGCAGGCUCCUGUCCCUUUAGCCAGGAUCUGAACAUUUGGGCCUAGUAAUGGGAGAGGAGUGUGGCGAGGCCAGUACUCUAAUUGAAGCUCCUGGGCCUUGACACUGGAGUUGUAAAGAGAUCAAUAAAACUUUAUACUGGGAA